GUUUGGGUAUGUUUGGGUCUUUGUUUAAUUUGUAUCCAUACUGAUGUGAUGUGAACACCGAUUUGUUCGAGGCCACAGGCCUUCGUUCGCCACUCAUUGCGCCAUGUUGCACCGAACAGCGAGCAGUGCCUUGACGAUCACCAGGUCGCAGAUCCGCACCGCCAAGUAUGUGCGCGAGGGCAUUUGGGCACGUGGGGAUUAUGGGCUCUACACCAUGGAUGACCCACGGAUCUUUCGGCCGGGCCUGCGGCGGCAGUAUCCCUAUCACAAGCAGCUGCAGUGGAGCAAGCCAUACAUGUGCCUCCGGCAUGGCCGCGCUGCGCCGCCCGGCGGCGCCGUGCACCUGGCCGUGGUCUACCGGCAGUUCGAGUUGGCGCCGGCCUUUUACGACUUCCAGAGGCGCUUGAAAUGUGAGCUCCCAGGUGCCAAGGUCGUGGCCGAGGCGGUGGACCCGAAUACCAACGCCUCCACCGAUUCCUAUUUUCAGAUCAUCCGCUUGAACGACGGGCGGACUCUGUGGGCGGCGAGCGAAACGGAGGAGGUGAAGAAUCGCUUGUCUGAAUUGGAGGCCAAGCGCAAGGAAUUCCAAAAGGCCAAGGAAGACCAGCAACACCUCAAGGCCCAGACGGCCGAUGUGGUGCUGGACUUCCGGUUCCAGGCUUGUCCACCGAAGGUGGACGAGACCGCAGAAUGGGCAAUGGCGAUUCGACACACCGUGGCCGCGGAGGCGGGCCUUCAUAAAGAUCAAGUGCAGGUGACCCAAAGUAAGGAGGCCAACCAAAUCAUCAUCGCUACGAUUCCAUGUGCUGACCCGGGUUCUGCCGCAGUGGUUGCUCAUGGCCUGCUUGCAACCGAUGGAGCGUGCAGAUUGUGCCUGGCGGUCAGCGAGGAGCUGGCGAAGACGGCCUCCGGCGACGCCGCGCGCGAGCUGGUGGAACGACCGGAGCUGAGGGUGCAGGUGAAAAUGGGUGGACGCGGGGGUGAGGUGCAAGGUCGGGAUGUGGAGCAAUCUGAGAAAAGGGUUGCACUGCUUCCAAAAAAGAUGACCGAGGAGGCUCAACAGAGCUCGGUGAACUUGCUUGAGGAAGUGCUCCUCUCCGAGCUGUGCCAGGAGGUGAGCUCCUUGCUGAGACAACGUCUUCCGCAGAUUGUUCAGGCCGCGCAGGAGCACUUCCACAUCCGCUACGAGGCUGCUUGGCCCGAGCCUGCGGAGGCUGCUUGGCCCGAGCUGUGAAGGCUGCGGAGGUUUGAAAAAGGAAGGCUAAAUCGGUGCGAGCUUCGUUAGCGUG